AUGGGUUCUUUGACGCCGUCAGCAUAUUUUGCAUGUUGUACUAUUGAAAAAACCACUCAAGAUUUAGAUAGUAAUUUAGAUACCGGUCUUAGUUCAAGAGAGGCAGUUAAGAAGAGACAAUCAUGCGGUUAUAAUGAAUUUGAAGUUGAAGAGGGUGAACAUCCGAUUAUCAAAUUCUUUAAACAAUUUUUAGAGAAUCCACUUAUCCUUUUACUACUCUGUUCCGCCGUUGUUUCUUUAAUAAUGGGGAAUCAUAAGGACGCAUUUUCAGUAUUCUUGGCUGUACUCAUAGUUACAACUGUCGGUUUUGUGCAGGAGUAUCGUUCUGAAAAAUCUCUUGAAGCUCUAAAUAAAUUAGUUCCUCAUCAUUGUCAUUUAACUCGUGAUGGUCAUUUGUCAACGGUUUCAGCCACAGAAUUGGUACCAGGAGAUCUGGUCCGGUUUAGUGUUGGUGAUAGAAUUCCUGCUGAUAUAAGAUUAGUAACGCUAGGCGGUAAAUCUGGAAAUUGA